AUGACAACGUCAGUUUCAAAAGAAGAUUCUGUUGAUUUUCGCUUGUGGGAACUCUGUAGUGUUGCCACCGAAAAAGACGAUGGCUAUGAAGAAGAUGGAGAACAAACUGUGAGCAAAUGGAUGCUAGGAUUUGAAUAUGUCGGCGAAGACAUUGGCGAUCUUGACGAUGAAGACGAAGCCAUAUCAUUCUCGUUGAUGGGUGAAUGCUGA